AGUGUUUUUUCACUAUUCGUUUUCGUAUUCACUAAAAAUUCUGCCGUUUAACUUUUUGUGAAAAUUUCCAAUUUUUAUCGAGUAGGGUGAAUUUUCUUGAUCUAAUUCAUCAUCUACUAUGAGUGUGCUGUGUUUUGGGGCACAAAAAUAAAAGAAAAAUCUAAUGGAAAAGUAGAUUUUUGCACGAACUAAAUUCAUUUCCAUCAGCAAAUGACCAAACGAAAACAUCCACGUAAACUCUCACAUCACAGCAUAUUUAAUUAAAAAAGUUACUUUGCGAUUAGCUUGCACAAUCAACGAAUAAAAAAUAAAAUAAUUAUGGGUUCCAGUUUGUUGAGAUUGUUGUAAAAUGCUAGAUAGGUAAUUUUUUGACCAGACUAGUGGGGUAAAUUUAGUUGAGUACGAGUGUUUAUAAAUUAUUGAACUGAAAUUUGAAAUUAAGGCUGGAAAAUAUCGAUUAUUCUAUUUAAUUGAGAAAAGUGAGGGACAUGUCGUGGGCCCCUAAUCGCCAGCCGGUGAAUAUGGCUAAACAACCACCACCUUCAUUGGUACCGCCGCCGCCACUACAGCAGGCACCACCGCAGCAGGUGGGUGUUGGUGCUGGUAGUUCUGGUGAUCAUGGUAUUGCGGGACCCUUUGGCUCACAGCCGGUUUGGAAGUCAAACUUUAACCAUCAACAACUCAUGCAACCAGCUCAGCAACCUCCACCAACCAAUUGGGCUCCAAAUCCAAUAGGCAAUGCAUUUCAACAGCAAGAAAAUACUUCGGCGACUACGCCUCAUCAACACCAACAGCAACAGCAAAAUAAUAAUUGGAGUCAGCAAGAGUUUCAGACAUCUUCAAUGCCACGACAAUCUCAAUCAGCUUUGCCUACUUCAGGAUAUUUUCUGAAUCAAAACAACUUUCAAUCGCAACAGCAGUACCCUGUCUUGCAACCCUCUUAUCCACUUCCUCAGCAGUUCCAAUCGCAAAGUAUUCAACAGCAGCAACAACAACAACAACAACAACAACAUCCUGUUGAACCGCCAAUCAGCGUACCAGUGGCGCCAGUGGCUCCUUUGGUUCCUGCAGUUCCUGUUAGCUAUUCACGUCAAAGUACACAGCAAAUGGAUAAUGUGCAGGAAGCAACAGAUUAUUUCGAUAAUAAAACUAAUACUUCUAAUGACGGGUGGGGUGAUUGGGAUUGGAAUGAAAACAAUCUUCAACAUCAACAACAUCAACAACAUCAACAACAUCAACAGCAACAACAACAGCAACAACAACCACAACAACAACUACAACAACAGCCCCAACAACAACCACAAAAACAGCAACAACAACCCCAACAACAGCAACAACAACCACAACAACAGCAUCAGCUACUUCAAGCAGCACAGCAACAAUAUAUACAAGAACCACAGCAACAGGCGAUGCAAUCACUUCCCGUUGCUCCUUCUAUGACAGGGAAUUUGCAAACCAAUACAACUUCUAUUGAUGACAGUUUUCGCGUAGAAUCCAAUGAUAAUUGGCAAUGGGGGCAAACUGAAGAAUCAACCCCACAAAAUAAUAAUUUAAUUUCUGAUGACCUACAGCAAAAUUCUAAAAAACUUCCGUUACAAGGACGAAGUGAGAUUAGCGAUGCUCAACCAACAGCCAAUAUUGAAGCAAUCGUUCCUCCAUCUCUACCACAGCAAAUAAACCCUAUAGUUCAACCUGCAUUGUCAUCAAUUCCUGCACAACCUAUAAUUGAGUCGAAUGUUCUAGUUAAACCAACGAAUCUUCCUCUUAAUGACGUAACAAGUUUACCAGACAACACACAGGUAAACAAUAACAUACCGAGUCCAGUCUAUGUUUCGCAAGCUAAGCCUGUUCCCAAACCACCACGUCAAUUUGCUAGCCCUCCUGGCACAUUGAAUGACGCUGUUAACUCAAUUGGACCAACAACUCCACCACAUGCUUUUAAAAAUCGACCUGAACUUCAGCCUAGUACAGUUGCAACGGUGCCAACACCUGCAUCCAAUCCAACAACACUGCCACCUCCUACACUUAGUAGCGCUUCAUCGUCUUCCACGGCCUCAAAUAAUCCAUUUAAACGGACUGGAUUACCCCAACACCACAGAGCUGGACUCGUUGCACCACCGACUAAUGUGGCAUCUCCGUCAGGUCUAUUUUAUGCAUCCCCACCACCACCACCCGAAGAUUUCGCAAAUCCUUCGGUAGAGAAUCACGAGGUAAUUGCUCCUGAUAAUUCGGAAAUUCUGCAUGAGAAUCAAGAAAUCGCUCCCAACAACGAUCGCAACGAAUACCUUCAGACGAGCCAUCUGUCAGAAAUUGGUGGCGACAAUGUUGGCACUGCUUUCAAUAUUUCAGCCCAAGAGCAAUAUAACGAGUCGGAUGAUUUCCCGCCUCCAGGGCUGUCAAGAUUAGUUUUAGGUCAGCCAGAGAAUGAGGCGCGCCAGAUACCUGGUACGGAAAACGAUAGCAGUCUUAAUAUAGAGCGGCAAGCGGAUGGAGAGGAUACUGACCCAACACAGCAAAUACGAUCUAAUUUUUUGUCAUCCUCCGAUAACAAUCCAAGCAACGCCUUGCCAAAUCAGAUAGAUAUAACAGCGGAUCGAAACUUAUAUUUAGUGCCGGGAGAAAGCGACAUUCUGGAACAGCGAGUUGUUACCGGUCUGGAAAUUGGUUCUUCAACACCACCACCAGUUCCUCCCGUUCAAGUGGAGCAGAGAGAACUUGAAUUAGAUGGAGAAAAUAUUGAAGAUCAACAUCAGCCACCGCAACCUUUGCCAGUGUCUCAGCACCAUAAUUCCCAUCAGCAUCGUCCGGUUAGCCCAGUGCAAAAUGUUCGGGAUGAGGCACUUGAUGGAGCCAACAGCCUCGAUCGUCAGGUCCAAGGGAGUCAAAAGAAGAAUCAAGAAGCUGGGUCAAGCAUGUCUCAGGAAACUAAUUUAAAAGAUCUUUCCAAUAUAUCCACUGGAAAUGACGAAAGUGAUCAACGUGAUCGUCAUUACAACAAAUCUCGGCGUGGAGGUGCUGACACGGAAAGUAAAAAAAGACGUUCUGGUCAUGAAUCGAAAGAAAACCGAUACGAAAGCGAAGAAUCGGACUUUUCUAGUGAUAGAGAGCGGCGGAGAUAUCGAGAGGGCAGCGUACGUAGCGAACGCGAUAGGGAAAGGGAUAGCAAAGAGCGCAAAAGACGCGAUAAACGCGAGAGAGAAGCUGUCGGUGAACGCGACCGGGAACGUUACAGGGGUGAUGACCGUGAAAUUAGAUAUAAAGAGAAAUUCUACCGCGAUCGUGAGGGUAAACAAGGUGGUCGAUACGCUAGCGGCCGUUAUGAUGCGGAUUCAAAAUACGAAACGGAAAGCUCCACACGUCACGAACGUCGAAGAGGUGGAGAGCGCCCCGAGAGAGGUGAGCGUCUUGACCGUGAAGCAUACGAAGAAUACCGGAGAUAUCGAAAAUAUGAGGCCCGAGAAGGCCACGAGAGACGCGGAGGACCUCGUACAGAUGGGGACAGACGUCGAACAGAUAGGGAAUACCGGGAAGAUCGUGAUUCUCGUCGCCACAAGGAAAGCCGCGAAAAGCCUCGAAACGAUUAUGAUGACUAUCGCAAGGUGAGCAGUCGUAAUGCUCGUGAAAGUGAUAUUGAAAAGGAUUCGAGGAUUCGCGAAAAAGAUCCUCGCUAUGCUGGCCAUAGCAUGUACAGUGGAUAUUCUGGAUAUGGAUACGAUCCUUAUGCAGCUUACUACUAUGAACAGAUGGUACGUACAAAUCCACAGGCGUAUUCCGAAUGGUACAAAAAGUACUACGGCCAUGCGCCAGCCCCCGAAUCAAUAACAAACAAUGGCAGGGAAUCGGUUCAUUCAGGUCGAAGCUCAGCAAAUAACGAAAAAGAUCGGUAUACUUCUCAACAUCAUCAAUACAUUCCACAUCCAAGCGAUUAUCAACGACAUUUUAUGCCACCUGGGUCUAUGGCGGCCAAUAUGUCGUCAACUUCUAUGAACUCAACCAUGAACGAGUCGCAGCACCAACAACAAGUUAGCAAGAGAAGCUACGACCUUAGCGGAGGACCAUCGACUGGGAAUCUAUCGCAAAUAAAUCAAUUACCUGGGGCCGAUUAUUAUGGGUCAACAACGACACACUCGUACUAUGCCCGAAGUGAAUACACUGAAUCAAGGCCAGAGAAUUUGUCAAUGAAUUUAGUUGAUGCAGUCAAUUCAACAACUCAAGACGAACCUGAACGCCUAACGCCACUUAAAUUUACAAGCGAUCAUCCAGUUGUUUCGUUGGGACCAGGUUUAAUGGUCACUGUAAAACCAAAUUACUCUCAAAACGGAAUAUCAAAUGUUGUGAAGAUUUUUAGAAUGGGUUGCAAUGACGCUACCAAUAAAUUAUUUCAAUCGUUUCCUGGUCCAUUGGUUCGUGGUCUAACUCAUAAGAAAACCAUAAUAGAAUUCUGCGAAGAUCAGAUUCGUCUAGGACCAUAUUCAUCUACAAAUCGUUCCAGACAUAGUUCAACGAAUAGCUUGUCUACUGCGGGACAAGCUAAUAAACCAUCUUUUACUUUGAUGUGGAAUUUAUUGAUACUCUUACUUCGACAGAAUGGCGUGGUUGUUGGAACUGAUAUAGCAGAACUUCUUAUUAAGAACCAGCAACAGUUUCCGUAUGAAAUUCCGGCCAAUUCUGUGGAUUUAAAUUCUAAUUUACGUGAGUCUGAGCAGUCGGAAGAGCAGAUAAAAUCAAAAGAGAACACUCCAAGUGAACCAGAACCGGAAUUGGAUGAAUCUGUAGCAGAUGACACAGAUGAGACAUCGUCUUCACUAAGUGAAGAAGAAAUAACCGAAAAAUUCCGAAACUAUUUACUCUAUGGAAAUGUAAAUGAAGCUUUGGAAUGGGCAACAGACAAAAAUCUCUGGGGCCAUGCAUUGUUCCUAGCUUCCAAAGUUGACAGACGUUCGCAUGCAAAUGUUAUGAUGAAAUUUGCAAAUAAAUUGUCUUUGAACGAUCCACUGCAAACAUUGUAUCAAUUAAUGAGUGGUCGUACGCCAUCAAGUGUAACAAGUGUUUUAGAUGAGAAAUGGGGAGAUUGGCGUCCACAUUUGUCAAUGAUAUUGUCAAAUACUUCUCAAAAACCGGAAUUGGAUAGAAAAGCAAUUACCACACUCGGUGAUUCAUUAUUGAGCCGUGGAGAUCUGUUUGCAGCACAUUUUUGCUAUUUAAUGGCACAAGUUGGAUUCAGUAAGUAUCCAGAGGAACGGAAUGAUACACUUUUGUCGCAGAACUUAGUAAGGUUAGUUCUAUUGGGGUCUUCACAUCAAAAAGAAUUUGAAGAAUUUGCAACAAACGAAUCAAUUAUGAUGACAGAAGUCUACGAAUAUGCAUGUGCUUUAAAUGACGACAAAUUUUCUCUCGUCGAGUUCCAGCCAUAUAAGUUUUUACUUGCUACUCGAAUGCUUGAUUAUGGAUAUCAAUUAAAGUGUUUAAUGUAUAUGGAACAAAUUGCUGCGCAUAUUAAACGAGAUCCAUCGAAAUAUGAACCAUUAUUUAUCAACCAGGUGUAUGAGCUUGCUGAUCGUCUAAAAUACUACGAUCCGGUUCUCGAAAAGUCAAUGGACGAAAUUCUUGCAGAUGAAAACCAAAAUGCAAGUGGUGACUUACCUUUUGAUGAACAACCAUGGCUGCAAGAGCUACGCUCGUUAGCUAUUGACAACACGGUGCGUUCGCAAGAUCAAAAUCAAGACUACCAGCAAACAUCUAAUGUGAUUGAUCAGCAAUUUGCAGAAAUUAAUCGACAAUUUAAUGAAUUAAAUUUGCAAUAUGAAAAUUCGAAUAAUAUAGUUAAAGACCAGCAACAACAACUUCCGCCUCAAGUUGGUCAAACACAAGCACAAUUUAAUCCACAAUUUGAAAGCAAUCAAGUUCCACAAUCAAGUGAACAGAUGUAUGGCCCACAAUUUUACAAUCCAAUUGAUGGUCAAACAUCACACGAUGUUGCUACGGAUGGAAUAAUGAAUGUUAAUGGAUAUAUUCAGCAGCCGCAAGAAUCCUAUCAACAACCAUCGACACAGGCAAUUUACGAUCAAGAGAAUAUUCAAGCCUACUCAUCUUAUGGUCAAGAUGAACAACAAAAUUAUUGGGCCAACCAGCCUCAUAUACAAAACGAUGAGCUUGAGGACAAAAGUAAUUCAAAAUCAACAUCACAAUCAGACAACUCCGAUUCGAUAAGUAGUACCAUAAAAUCAAAUACACCUUAUACUAACGGUCCUCCCAACGCAUUGAGUUCAUCAAAUUAUGUAUACACAAAAUCGGAAUCGCCAAAACAUUCAGUAGUGCAAUCAACGAAUCUACAACAAAAGCAACCCUCGCAAAACAUCAGCUUUGCACCUAACGAACAAAACUCAAACAUUUUACACUCAAACAACACGCAAACCGUGCGUACGCGAAUCUCUCCCACUUCUCCUGGUUCCGGAAUAAAACAAAAACAGCAGCAGCCUUAUAAUAAAACCACAGAUCCCGCACUUCCAACAAUAUCGAUGCCAAACUCACAAUCGCAAAAAUCUGGUUCAUACAAUGAAAGCUCACAACAAGAUGAUGGCAGAAACAGUGAUGCAAAGAAGUCAGGUAAUCAAGGAUCCUCUGCUGUAGGACCAAAGGCUGAUUCGAAAAAUGCUUUAAAAGGGGGACAGAGUUCUAAUCAAAAUGCUGGAUGGUUUGGAGGAAUUUGGAAUAAACUUUCGUUAAAGCCUAAAAAUCAAAUGAUUUUGCCUGAUGAUAAAAACCCAGCUAUUGUAUGGGAUUCGGAAAAAAAGAAAUGGGUGAACACUGAUGGUGAAGAACAAAACGAAGAGACCUUAAAACCACCACCAAAAAUGAGUGAUCUUAUGCCAAGAACACCACAGAAUUCUACAGUGCCACAAGUGCCACAGCAACACCAACAAGUCUUGCCACGUGAGGAAGCUCCUCAACAGCUAGUACAGUCAAUUCCAACACAAAGCCAGGACCCUGUACAGACAUAUGGUGCGGCACCAGCAUUUGCUUCUGCUCCGGUUUCCGGUGAGGUGCCUAAACCACCAAGCCUGCAAUCGAAUAUGUUUAAGAUGCAGCGAAACAGAACCCUUAAAAACUCCUAUGUCGAUGUGUUCAAUCCAUCUGGUGCACCACCUAAACCGACAGAACAAGUUUUAGCCCCAGCUCUACCGCCUGCUGUUGUUCCAUCCAGUGGUUUCUUUGUGCCAGGAGCUACUUCCAGUGACGGUUCAUACCAACAGCAACCUACACAAGAAGGGGCUCCUCAAUUCUACAAUCCUAAUCAAUACGGUGGUUACCAACAGUAAAAUUUCGAUAUCCAAAUUAUUAACCUUAAAAACGAAUUAAAUGUUAACAUGGAUCGAGAACCAUUCAUUUUUUUAUAAAUAGGCUGUUUGGAAGAAAAAGAUUUAUUAUUGGUAUAUCAAGAAAAUAAUCGAAAAUGCAUAACAUGAAUUGUUUUAUAAUAGUUUGUGGGAUAUAUUUUAAUGGAAAAUCUAAAUAAGAAUUAAUUAUUGUAUGUUAUUAUAAUUUAAACAAAAGAUUACCUAAACAAAAAGAAAACUUUUACACCUGUAUAAAAAUUUAUUUUUCUGUUGUGAUUUAUUCUACGUAAUAGAUAUUUUGUUUAUGCAUGAUAUACAUAUAGGGUUCUUAUUAUUAUUAAUUCAAACAAUAUAAUGUAGAUAGAAAGAAAUGAUGGAAAAACACAUGCGAUUGGUGUAACAAUAUGUCCUGAAUAAUUUAUAGUGUUAUAAUGUGAAAUGUCUUUUUUUGUUCUUAUUUAAUGAUAGCGAAAUAAAUAUUUAUAGAUUUCAAUUGUUUAUAUUUAAA